AUGUCAGCCCCGGCAUCCAGAUCCCACGAUCUAACCCCACCAUCUACCGCAACUCUUCUGGCUCAAAAGUUGCCCAAGCCAUACAUAAACAGUUUCUGCGGUGCCGCUGCCGGUGUUGCUUCGGGUAUUGUUACCUGUCCACUCGAUGUCAUAAAGACCAAGCUACAAGCCCAAGGCUCCUUCCGCCGCCAGCAGCACUCACAGAACUCGAACUCAACCUCUCAAGUCUACCGAGGUCUUGUUGGAACUGCAAGAACAAUCGUGCGCCAGGAUGGCCUCAAGGGCAUGUACAGAGGUCUUGGUCCAAUGGUACUUGGCUAUCUACCCACCUGGGCUGUCUACAUGAGCGUCUACGACAUAGCAAAGACCAAUUACUCGGAGCGUAUUGAACCCCAAUGGUUUGCUCAUGUGCUCUCCUCCGUCACAGCUGGUGCUUGCUCGACGCUUGCAACAAAUCCCAUCUGGGUCAUCAAAACUCGUCUCAUGUCUCAAAUAUCUAAAGAAGCUGUCGAAGGACACCGCACUCCUUGGCAUUAUAACAACACUUGGGAUGCUGCCCGUCAGAUGUACAAAGGCGAGGGUAUCAAGGCCUUCUACUCUGGUCUGGCUCCCGCACUAUUGGGUCUCACACAUGUCGCCAUCCAAUUCCCUCUAUAUGAGUAUUUAAAACUCAAGUUUACUGGUGUUGAGAUGGGUGCAGCUCCUCCCAGCCAAGGCACAAACUCGGUCGGUGUGCUCGCCGCAACCUGCAUCAGCAAAAUCUGCGCUACCACAGCCACAUAUCCUCACGAAGUCUUGCGCACUCGUCUACAAACACAACAAAGAGGCAUUCCCAGUUCCGACGGCAUGAUCAACAAACCUCGCUAUCAAGGUGUCAUCAAGACUUGUAGAACCAUUCUAUACGAAGAGGGCUGGACUGCCUUCUACAGCGGCAUGGGAACCAAUCUCAUUCGAGCCGUGCCUGCCGCCAUGACCACCAUGCUUACCUUCGAGACACUCAAAAGCGUGAUUGUCCGUAUGCAAGCCGAGGACGAAGACGAGCACAUUCCCGGAACCGCUUAG